CGUCACUCGCCUGAUUUGCAUAUCUUUGGUUAUAAAUGCUGUGAUUCUGCGCUUUUCCUCACACUGCUGCAGGAGAAUAAACCACUUCAACUACCAACACACACUCUGACCUACUGCAAACAUGUCUGACAAGCCAAAUCUCGAGGAAGUGACCAGCUUUGACAAAACCAAGCUGAAGAAAACAGAAACUCAGGAGAAAAAUCCUUUGCCGUCAAAAGAAACCAUUGAACAGGAGAAGCAGGCGGGCUCGUCAUGAAACUCGUUCUCCACUCUUCUAUGCACUGUACAUUCCACAUUGCCUUCUUUUUCACGUCUUUUCGCUGUUUAACUUUUAACGGAAAAAUAUGACCUAAGUCGCAUUGUGAUUGGACAACCAAAAAAAUAAUAAAAAAAAAAAAUGCAGAUGACCGUACAAGCCCUUUUUGUUUCUGUGCCCACGUCCUCCUCUUUUUGUAAACCGCACCACUGAUAUUCUGAUGAAGAUUGUUGAUUCGGAAGGGGAGGCCGAGGAGGCGGAGCCGGGGGGCGGAGCCAAGGAUUUGAGUGACACCUAACAGACUCGCUCUUGUAACAUCUCUGCUCAAAUGCUUUAAAGUCAUGCAGUGUUUUUUUGUAUGUUGACGUCUUGGAAUGCACAAUUUUUGUUUUGUAAUGCAAAUAAAAGUCUGUAAUAUUCAGAUGGA